CCUACAAUCUACAUGCAUCAAGUAGUUAUUGGUACUAGUACUUCACCUCAUGCAUGGAAGAUGCAGCCCUCGUUAUAUAGCUUAGCUUCCCACAGCAAUGGCGUCACACCUAGCUCUAGCUCAUGGCUGAUGGCUCCCCUCUUGCAAGAGUGAGAUCUCACCGUCACCAUCAAAUAAAGCCCAUCUUCUCACCAUGGAUAUCCCACUACAAGUAGCUAGUUGAUCUCAGCACCAAACAGCUAGUACCUUAAACACUCCACAAGCCACAGCUAGCCAUGGACACCAUGGGCGGCUCCGGUGACCUGCCUGGCCAAGCAGGAGACGAUGAGGCCAGGAACGCCAUGGCCGGCGCCGUAACGGUGGCGAGGGAUUACCGGAGGGGGAACUGGACACUGCCGGAGACGAUGCUGCUCAUCGAGGCCAAGAGGAAGGUGCACGAGGAGCGGCACCCGGGGGACCAGGGCCUGGCGCGGUGGCCGUGGGUGGAGGACUACUGCUGGCGCGCCGGCUGCCGGCGCAGCCAGAACCAGUGCAACGACCGCUGGGACAACCUCAUGCGGGACUACAAGAAGGUGCGCGCGUACGAGCUGGCGGGCGCCGGCGCCCCCAGCUACUGGGCUAUGGGCAGGGUGGAAAGGAAGGAGAGGGGCCUCCCCAGCAACCUCCUCCGCGAGAUAUAUGACGCCAUGGGCGAAGUCGUCGGGAGGAGGAUGAGCAUGGGCUGCGCCGGCGCUGCGUUCUUGAGGGCGUCCUCCAGCCUCCUCGAUGUCCCCAUGCAUGCUUCCCCGCUCGCUCAAGUCCAUUCCCGACCUCUCCCUCUAGAACAUGAGACGCACGGGCACAGCGCGACGCACGGCAGCUCCGAGUCGCCGGAGAGGAAGAGGCGGCGGCCGUCACUGGACGAGCUGCAGCAAAGGAGCGGCACGCCAACCCCUGGAACUCUCGGACAUCAUCAAGAACCAGGACACCACCGCGAGGACGAUCACGACGACGAGAGCUCAGACUCCGACGACCUGAGCGGGGCGAUCGGCCAGUGCGCGGCGAUCCUCUCGGAGGCGCUGGAGAGCCGGGAGGCCGCGGAGGAGCGGCGGCACCGGGAGGUGAUGGCGAUGGAGGAGCGCCGCGGUCGCACGCGGCAGGCGCGGCGGGAGGCCGGCGAGCAGUGCGUUGUUGGGCUGGCCUCCGCCGUGAACCAGCUCGCCGGCUCGAUACUGGCGCUAGCCGCCGCCAAGCACAAGGAUAAGGGCGGCCCCGCCGCGCCCAAAUGA